UCUAGCUACAAUUGUUUUAUUGGCGCAUCGAAUCCACAAUGGGUUAACUAACUAAUUAGCUAGUUCAGUUAGCUAGUUAACUAGCUAGAAAGUUUAGUUAAUUUGUGCGCAGGUAAAACUAUGACACGGCGCAGCUUUUUCACGCAGUAACCAUGGAGACCGAGCAGUUCGUUGCGCCGUCGUUAACUUACGCUGGUAAACGUGCGCAGAGAAACGGGGGAAAAUGACGUAGCUAGCCAAGCCUGCGCGACGCGGGGGAGCUCUCCGACUCUACGAAGUUUUUUCUGAGAUGAAACCGAGGGCGUAUUCGAGCAUUUGGCGAUAAUUAGGACAGCACGGAGAAGUUUAUAUAGGGCUCUGUGUAUUUGGGGAGAAAGAGAUUUAUCUGAAGAAUGUCUGGGUAUCCUUAUUCAUAUGCUGGGUCAGGAGGGGGCUUAGUGCGCUUCAAAAAAAGGAAGUCACGCUUCACCUUUCCUGAAGUGCAGCUGCUGCUGAAUGAGGUGAAGAAAAAUCGCCAUAUACUAGUUGGCAAAUACAACCAUGGUGUCUCUAGUGAUGUGAAGAAGCGAAAGUGGGCAACUCUCACAGCUCGUAUCAAUGAGAUCAGUGAUUGUCAUCGGGAGAUUAUUGAGAUCAUCAAGAAGUGGUCAGACCUCAAAUGUGACACCAAGCGCAAGGUUGCAGCCAUGAGGGCUUCUGGGUUCUCAGCUGCCCACAUUGCUCAGAAUCUUUCAACAGUUGAGACCAUGGUGCAGCAGAUUCUCCAGCCGUCAUCUGCAGAUUCAGACUCACUAACUGCUGAUCAUGUCCCAGAUGAAGAUGAUGAAGAAGAUAGUCAAGGUGCUUUUGGGAUGCCACAGCACUCCCCUUGCUUGGCAAAUGGCAUGCCUUUCCUACCUCCAGCCCCACUGCCAAUGGCCAUGAUGUACAGUAAUGACUGUGCAGUGCCCCUUACUGACUUCCCUUUUGAUCCGUCAGCUACAGAAGACCAAAGCCAGUUAAGUGAAGUUGGACUGAAGUCUGAUCAAAGUGCCAAUUUUCACGAACCCAUCACUACUGCCAGGGAACAGGUGAGGGCUGAAACCCAGCAGCAGGCCUCCAAUAACAUUGUCGUUCAAGCAGGAACCUCUUCCCAUGCAACACCUUCUCGCCCACCACCCCUGCCAACCUCAGUGGGGCUAGGCAGUCUGCAGGAUCAUCUGGCCAAGAGUGCCUCUCUCAGCCUGAAGGAGCAACAAGCCGCCACGUUGUUGAUUGGGACACUGUCCCGUUCCCUCGAGUCACUGUCCGAGUCAGUACAGCAGCUGGUACAGACGCAGCAGAAGUUUGCACGGGACACUCUUCGGCUGCAGCGAGACACACUACAUGUGCUGCGCGAUUUUUCCUCCACCAGUUUGGCACUGCUGCAGGACAAGGCCAACAGUCAACAAUAGGCCAUAACACUAGCACUUUACCUUGCUAUAUUGGUUCUACCCACUUCAGCUGUGGGCUAUGUGCCUCAUGAGCUUUGAAAAAAGGGGGAGUAAAUCAUGAACAAAAUCCCGUAGUACACAAACUCAACAUUCAGAGCACACAAACAUUUGGCAGAUUUACCAUAUCUGUGUAUAAUUGUGGAGAAACUGUAAAAAAAGGAAGGUUAAACUGUGUUCUAUUGUAGUGUGCUGAAAGAGUAUUUUACCCACAAACAUGAACCCCAAACAGUAUAAUGUCUGUACUUUUUAAGAAAAACAGUUGAUCAAAGAGAAGUGGAGGGAGAAUCUUGUAUUUUUCAGAUAUAUGAUACUUCAACUAGAAUCAACCUGUCUGGUUGGUGUACUUUGGCCUUAAAACAGCUGCCGAACUUGGGGUGCUUUCACAUUAACCUUAUUUUGUCUGGCCCAAACAUUUCAGUUGAUAUGAAACAUGCAUCGAAAAACGGUCCAAGGACCAAAUUCGUUCUAGGUCCAGAUCAAUGGAAAAAAAAUGAAUGAAUAGAACCUGUUGUGCCAGGUCUGGCUCGCCUUCACAUGCACAUUACACUGGUAAUUUAUGUGUCUACUGUAACUGUAGAUUAAACAUUAUUUAUAGCCAGAAAGGCCCAGACCUUAAUGUUUAAAGCCUUUAAGGUUAAAGAAUUUUAUUCAGCACACGAUCACAUACAACCUCAACACACAGGGUCAUUCUAGAGACUCAACAGUAACAAACAGGUACAGCAGACUUAUUUAAAUUUGGCAUUUUAAUGGCGAAUGUUAGGUCAGUGGACUUUGGGAUUUAGUUCUGUGCCUCAGGAGGAUGUUCUGCUAUAUUUUCGUUGAGCUUCUUUUCAAAGUGUAGAUUACUACAUGCACUAAAAACCUUGUUUACUCUGAUCAGGAGUGGUCUGAAGUAAUCAUGUCUCUUGUCUCCAAAUAGAGUGAUCAGUGAGAAGAAAAGAUGAGGAGAAGCUAAAAGGUAGCAUUAAUACUGAAAGCUGUAUCUUAUAUUAUUAAUUGUUUAUAACAGGCAUCUCUGUGGUUCUUGUUGUUGACUGUUAAGACCAGUGUUGUGACACUGUUACUUUGAAUCAGCAGAGCUUUAUUUAAUGAUGCAAUUCUAAUGUAAUUAAGCUAAUUUAAGAAUAUGAGAAUUGUUGUAAAUUUUUAUUUAAGAUUUUAUCUAAAGUGCUCACUUUGCAGUACUUUGUAAUUGUUGCCAUAUGGACCAUAAUGCGUGGUUUAAUUUUUUAUGUGCCAGUUCUGUGUCUUUCCAACACUUUCUUCCUGACCCAAAGGUUACAAUUUAAAACUGAAUCAAAUGUUUGGACGUGUGGAGUGCAGGGUUUAUACUGGAUACAUUGCUCCUUUAACACUUUUACCAUGUUUUUUGGUAACUGGCUCCCUUUGACUCAACUUCCGUGGACCUUUUCUUGGCUGCUCUUCCAAUAAUUAGAAACACUGUUUAAUAUGUUCCUGCUGUGACACCUACUGUAAAAUUGGAAUGGGUGAAAAUAAAAAACUUGUUACAAGUA